AUGUAUGAAGCCUAUCCUAAUCGGCUAGACAAUGUUAAUCUACGUAUAUUUUUCACUUCGUUUUUAUUUUAUAUUGUUACGCAGUUUCCAUCUCCCAGAGAAAUAGCUUUAUCAUGUGGAAUUAUAUCUAACACAGAGAGUCGAUCUCAAUCACCGGAUAGCCAACCAGAUACAGAGGAUAGUGCGAAUUCUGAUACGCGUCAGUCUCCAACUAAUAACCAGAUUCAAUCAUUACUGUGUCCAGAACGAUUACCUGCUUUGUGCUUUCCCUGCCUUAUCCCUUCAUCUUUUUGCAGCCCAACAGAUGAAAUGAGUAAUGAACUUUGGAAAACAGCUUGUCAAACCGGACCAAGACCAAUCAUAUUUGUGUAUAGAUUUUCUUAUGGUCUACCUCAAGAACUAUUUGAUAAGGCUACAGUACGGUUGAAUUGGCCCGAACUAUUCAAAGUAAGCUCUCUUGUCAUCUUCUUAACAUUAUUUCGCCUUUCUUUUGAUGUGAUAAGAUAG